GGCGUCACCCGGGGGAGCCGGCCUCUGCUCGUGGCAGCCUGCUGUCACCUUCCCUGCUGGCAAUGGGGAAUGGACUCUCGGACCAGACGCCGAUCCUCUCCAGCCUGCCUUCUUUCCAGAGCUUCCACAUCGUCAUCUUGGGACUGGACUCCGCUGGAAAGACGACCGUGCUGUACAGACUGCAGUUCAAUGAGUUCGUCAACACCGUCCCCACUAAAGGAUUUAAUACGGAGAAAAUCAAAGUGACGCUGGGCAACUCGAAAACGGUCACUUUCCACUUCUGGGAUGUGGGCGGCCAGGAGAAGCUGAGGCCGCUGUGGAAGUCAUACACAAGGUGCACCGAUGGCAUUGUGUUUGUGGUGGACUCCGUUGAUGUUGAGAGAAUGGAGGAGGCCAAAACAGAACUUCAUAAAAUUACGAGGAUAUCUGAAAAUCAAGGAGUGCCUGUCCUUAUCAUUGCGAACAAGCAGGACUUGAGGAACUCUCUCUCCCUUUCUGAAAUUGAGAAGAUGUUAGCAAUGAGUGAGCUGAGUUCUUCGACUCCCUGGCAUUUGCAGCCUACCUGUGCAAUCAUUGGAGACGGACUCAAAGAGGGACUGGAGAAGCUACAUGAUAUGAUAAUUAAGCGAAGGAAAAUGUUGAGGCAGCAGAAAAAGAAGAGAUGAGUUCCAUUUUUGACCUUUCUGUUUUAGGGUAGUUACAUGGUCAAAAUUUGACAUAAGACAGCUUCCAAACCCAGGCCUGCUUGUUUGGACGCCGUUAAGCUUAGUUACGUUAAACAAUCAGUUGCGCAACCUUGCUGUGUGGAAGGCUGUGCAGUUAUGGAACUUUUUUUUUUACUAGUCUCUUCUGAGUUUUAUGGCUCUGCAUUAUUUCAGAAGCCCUAAUAGAUGAUGUAAUACUAUCAGGAAAUGGAUGGGUGGGUAUAUGUGACAUGGAUGUCUAAAUAGCCAAAUAAAAUGAGGGGUUUCUGCUUAGUGUUGUAUUCAUAUGUUUGAGGGUGCCCUCUGCAAGCGAUUUGCAUUGAAGGUGUUCUGUGUUUUUAAACUUAUAAUGCUCGUAAGUGGAGUGUUUAGGUGAACAUUAUACAGCUUUAAAACCAUGUAUGAAGCUAGUAACCCAUUAUUUCGAGAGGCUGUUUUUUAUCUUGUUUGGGGAUUUCUAUGAAAGCUUGGCUACAUGUGUAGGGGUUUUUUUUUUUUAAUUUGGCACUUUUUGAAAUUGAAUCACGUUCAGUUCAAAUACUUGACAUUUUAAGUGCUGUGGAUUCUUAAACAGAUAAAAGAAAGACUUUGACAGGUGAAAAAUGUAAACACCACGCUGGAGCAUGGAAAAGUGGUUUCCCAACAUAUAGCAUGUUUUUGGUAUGUAAGGUUUUUACUUUUUUAGAAGUAGCCAUUCAUCAUUAUGCAGUGCUAAUCAGGUUUAAACUAUUGCUCAAAAUUAGUAAUUUAUUUCUGAACGAUGAGUAUUAUGUCCUCCUACUAUCAAGUUAAAAGUAAAUUAAUUGCAGUAAAGGAGCUAUGAAGAACAACUCUGGCUGUUGUGGUUCUAACCAGUGCAGCAUUCUUUGCUCUGCUGGUGACUUUUCUGGCAAUAAAACAAAAUUAUAAUGAAGUAAAGAUGGAGUUAAAAUUAGCAGAGCACAUCUUGUAUCUCCCCAAAAUACCCCAUUUUAUUAAAGUGGUAUUGCUAUGUCA